UCCCUGAAGGCAGCGUCAAUCCAUUUUGACUUUAAUUUGCGCCUGCGCAGUCGUGCGGGUCUGACCUUCAUAGCGGUAAGGAUGUUCGCCAGGACCAGCGCGUUGGUGUUCUCGCCACAAUGUGGCCAGGUCAGGAACAUGGCUACCCUGAAGGACAUCACCCUUCGCCUGAAGUCCAUCAAGAACAUCCAGAAAAUCACAAAGUCCAUGAAGAUGGUGGCCGCCGCCAAGUACGCUCGCGCUGAGAGGCAGCUGAAGCCGGCCCGCGUCUACGGCGGCGGAGCUCUGGCUCUGUACGAGAAGGCCGACAUCAAGGCCCCCGAGGAGAAGGCCACCAAACAUUUGAUCGUCGGCGUCACCUCCGACCGUGGACUCUGUGGCGGCAUCCACUCCGGCGUGGCCAAGACCAUCAAGAGCGAGAUCGCCAGCCUGACGGACAGCGGCAAGGAGGUGAUGGUGAUCAACGUGGGAGACAAGCUGAGGGGCCUGCUGUACAGGACUCACGGAAAGCACAUCCUGCUGAACUGCAAGGAGAUGGGCCGCAAGCCGCCCACCUUCGGCGACGCCUCCAUCAUCGCCGGCGAGCUGCUGAGCUCCGGCUACGAGUUCGACCAGGGCUCCGUCAUCUUCAACAGAUUCAGGUCUGUGAUCUCCUACAAGGUGGAGAAGAAGCCGGUGUUCUCCAACGACGCCGUCGCUUCCUCAGAGAACAUGGGGAUGUACGACGACAUCGACGCCGACGUUCUGAGGAACUACCAGGAGUUCGCCCUGGUCAACAUCAUCUACCUGGCCCUGAAGGAGUCCUCCACCAGCGAGCAGAGCGCCAGGAUGACCGCCAUGGACAACGCCAGCAAGAACGCCUCCGAGAUCAUCGACAAGCUGACUCUGACCUUCAACCGUACCAGACAGGCUGUCAUCACCAAGGAGCUCAUUGAGAUCAUCUCUGGAGCUGCUGCCCUGAACUGAGCUGGUCCUCCAGAGGAGAUAAAACGCCAUCGGAGUUUCUGUGUCGCUCGCUCUUCAACGUCCUGCAGGCGUGCAGUUUGAGUCCGAAGACGAUUUGUGCUUCUGUUUGUAAAAUAUAUGGAGAAAAUAAAGCUCUUACACAGAA